AUGGACAAUCGUGCGGCGGAACUUAUCCUCCGAGAACGGGACAUUUUCCCAUCUGGUUCCGAGAACAUCCUGUUGCUCAACAACUCGUUCGUUCUGGAAAUGUUCUUCAGAAUAACGCAGCUGUAUCACUUCAAGAACUUUAUAUUCUACAUAUCCGAGAGACUGGACCUCAAAAACAAGGACUCGCAGGAGUUCUUUCACGACUUCUGGACCUACUUUCCACUGGCCCCCAACCUGAUAAUAACGCGGCAGCACCACGUGGCCAUACCGAUGAUGCAGUUCAUCAGCACCCCGUCGCUGGUGAUGGUCUUUACAACGGCCAAGGAUGAUCCCAUCAUGGAGGUGGCCGCCCAGAGUCUGCGAGGGAUCCGCUGGCUCAAGACGAUAUUCAUUCUCUUUCCCAGUCUUGAGAGUCGCGACUUUGACUCCAAUCCGGAGUCAUACGCCCAGUUCUCGGCUGGGAUCACUGCCUUCUACGAAUGGGUGUGGAAAAAGCAGUUUAUCAACACUUUGCUGGUCACCAUAAAGGAUAGUGUCUUCGUGUUGGAUCCCUAUCCCACACCAUCGGUUGUUAACAAGACGAGCGACUGGAGGGCUGAGGACUUCUUUCAGAAGUAUGCCAAGAACAUGAAGGGCUAUGAGGUGAGAACGCCCAUCCUGUACGAUCUGCCGCGGGUCUUCAAGUCGGAUCGGCCCACCAACAGAUUUGAGAAGAGCUUCGUUCACGGGACCAGCGGUAAUUUAUUCCUCGGAUUCCUGGAGUUCGUCAAUGCAACUCUCGUGGAUACCAGCGUUAAUAUGACAGCUAGCUACUUGAACAUGACGGACCUGCUGGACCUGGUUUCCCAGGGAGUGUACGAGACCCUGAUCCACUCCUUCACCGAAAUAACAACCAAGUACGUGGUUAGCUACAGCUAUCCCAUUGGCAUCAACGACUGUUGCAUCAUGGUGCCCUAUCGCAACCAAUCGCCUGCGGAUCAGUACAUGCGCGAGGCUCUCCAGGAGAAUGUGUGGCUCCUGAUCAUCCUGUUCACACUCUACAUAACCCUGGCCAUCUGGCUGUGUUCGCCCCUGAGGCCACGUGACCUCAGCGCCGCCUUCCUGCAGUCCAUCUGCACGCUGACCUACAGUGCGCCCACCUUCAUCAUUCGCACGCCAACGCUGCGUAUGCGCUACCUUUAUGUUGUUCUGGCUAUCUGGGGCAUAGUCACAUCGAACUUGUACAUUUCCCGGAUGACCAGCUACUUCACCACAGCCCCGCCGCCGCGACAGGUGAACACGGUGCAGGAUGUGGUGGAGGCGAACCUGAGGAUCAAAAUGCUGGCCGUCGAGCAUGAACGGAUGUCCAAGUCACCGCUGCAAUACCCGGCCAGCUAUAUGCACCAGGUGGACCUGGUGGACAAGCACAUGUUGGACCUGCACCGAGAGCCAUUCAACACCUCCUUUGGCUACACGGUGAGCAGCGAUCGCUGGCGAUUCCUGGACAUGCAGCAACUUCAUCUGCGAAAGCCCAUCUUUCGACUGACCGACAUCUGCGAGGGUCCGUUCUACCACGUGUUUCCCAUGCACCAGGACUCCCACCUGCGCUCCCCGAUGACCGAGUACAUUAUGAUCGCCCAGCAGGCAGGCCUAAUGAACCACUGGAAGCGCGAGGCCUUCUGGGAGGCAGUGCACCUGCACCGCAUUCAGGUUCACAUGUUCGACGAGGAGCCCAUGGCCCUGACCCUCAAUUUCUUUGCCAGCAUUCUGCGCACCUGGACCUUCGGUCUGAUUUUAGCUGGAUUGGCUUUUGCGGCUGAGAUGAAGUGGCACGAGCACGUGACCCUCAAACGGCGACCUGUCAUCGGACUAUCCCGCAAGCCCAGGUCCUUUCUCAGGCGAUUCAUGAAGUUGUGA